CAGUUAUCCCCUUAUGACAGAUAGUUGAUUGUAAUUGCUAAUUGAUGAAACGUGGGAAAUAUAUUUAUUGUCGCAAAAAAAAAACUACCCAGAAAAUUGAUUGGGACAUCUGAUAACCCUCCAAAAAAGCAGCACUGAUCCUUUAACCAACUUCGCUUUCCUCCGGAUAGAUAAAUAGAUGACUUGUUAUUUACACCCAAUACUUUAUUCUACUUAUCCUUCUUCUUUGAUAGACAGAGACGAUAGAUAGAUAUACUUACAUGCAGACAAACUGAUCAAAUCAUUCUUUCCCACUUUCACCAUUACGCGUCGUUACUCUUGUUCCAUCAUGACUACUUCCUCCAAUAAGAAACAUGACUCAUCAUCAUCUCAACCAGUUACAUUCCAUAAUCCAGAAAUCAAACAUGAUGAAGUCAAGAAACCAGGUACAAUAGUUACAUUACCCUUUGGCUUUGGCCCUAUCCCAUCUUCGUUUCAAAAUAAACGUAUCUUUUACUUUGAUAUUGAUAAUUGUCUUUAUAAAAGAUCAACUCAAAUUCAUGAUUUAAUGCAAGUUAAAAUCCAUAAAUAUUUCAAAGAUAACUUACAAUUAGAUGAUGAAGAAGCUCAUAAAUUACAUAUGAAUUAUUAUAAAACUUAUGGAUUGGCCAUUGAAGGGUUAGUUCGUAAUCAUCAAGUUGAUGCUUUGGAUUAUAAUUCUAAAGUUGAUGAUUCAUUGGAUUUGAAUAAUAUCUUAAGUUAUAAUCAAGAUUUAAGAGACAUGUUAAUUGAAUUGAAAAAAUCAGAUAAAUAUGAUUAUUUCUGGUUAAUUACAAAUGCUUAUAAGAAUCAUGCUUUAAGAGUAGUAUCAUUUUUAGGAUUAGGAGAUUUAUUUGAUGGUUUGACUUAUUGUGAUUAUUCGAAAUUCCCUAUUAUUUGUAAACCCAUGAAAGAAUUCUUUGAAAAUUGUUUAACUUUAACUAAUAUAGAUUAUACCAAUCCUAAGAAUGUUAAAUUACAAACUUUCAUUGAUGACAGUGAAAUCAAUGUUAGAGCAGCUUAUAAAAUUGGGUUUGGUACCGUGAUUCAUUUUAUUGAAGUUGAAUCUGAAUAUCAAACUUUGAUUGCUAAACCGGAUUAUAAAGAAUUUUAUAGUCAAUCCAAAGAUGAUGGUAAAAUUAAAAUUAUUAGAGAUAUUUUAGAAUUACCAAAUGUUAUUUAAUAGAGUUAAUUAUAUACAUAUGUAUAAUUUAAGUACAUACAUACAUACAACUUAUCUACAUGAUUUUUAAAUCUUAUAUCUAAAUC